AUGGUGAAAUUGGUGCAUGGAUCUCUUUCUAGCUUUCAGCUUGUGAUGUCUAACAACAUAGCAUUAAAACAAGGCAGAAAAGAUGAAAGCCAGGGUUCGGGUGGUGGCCGGAAAACGUCUUCCCUGAGGCCCCCGGAGCAAACACUCAACUGCCCAAGAUGCGAUUCUAACAACACCAAGUUCUGCUACUACAACAACUAUAACCUCACCCAGCCCAGGCACUUUUGUAAGACCUGCAGAAGGUACUGGACCAAAGGUGGAGCCUUACGCAACAUCCCAGUAGGGGGAGGUUGCAGGAAGAGCAAGAAGGCAAAGUCUUCUACUUCAAAGUUUGUCAUCGGAGAUUCAUCAUUGGAUAAUGGAGGGCUGAAACUGUUGGACGGUCUUUCGCCGCCCAUCAUGGAUUUUCAGCUUGGUGGGAUAAACUUCCCUCCUAGGCUUAAUCAGUUCACUUCCUCAUAUGGAGAGGCAUCAAGUAGUAAUCUUCCCUUUAUGAAUCUUGACCCUUUAGGGUUUAAUUUCCCUUUGUCCACUCAUGCAACAAAACAAGGAGAUCAUCACAAUCAAAGUGGAGGAGGAUUAGCAAAUUUUCAAGAAAUGGGUUUUACGUACACAAAUCUUCAUCACAGUGCCAGCCUUACUUCUUCUAUAGAGUCCUUGAGUUCUUUAAACCAAGAUUUGCAUUGGAGGUUGCAGCAACAGCGAUUGGCUAUGCUGGUCGGUGGUGGUGGAGGAGGAACAGUAGGAGGAGAAAAUGAGCAUCAGCGACAGCAGCCAAAAGAAACUGGCUUACAACCCAUCUUGUUCCAUAAUCUUGAAAUUCCAAAAUCAACUCCAACUUCCAUAGACGGUGAAUCAAGAAAAGAUGGUAGCAGCACUGGCAACGGCGAUGUUGGUGGUUUGACGACUGAGUUGUUCUUUGACAACAAUUAUGCACCGGUGAACCUGCAGAAUCCGACCUCCGCAAUGAACCCAGAAAAUGAUCAAAACGGAAACGUUAACAACUGGAAUGGGAUUCAAGCCUGGAACCACAUGAAUCAGUACAGUGCUUUUCCAUAGCUCUUGGGAUAAUUUUAGAAGAGAAAUAUCAGGUUGGAUUUAUAUGUUCUUAAACAAUUCAAACGGGAAGAAUCGAAAGAACGAAUUAUUUAUGGCCGUCUGCAUUUGGGUUGUGUUUUCUUCUCUAAAGCUUAAAAGUUCUUGCUAG